AUGGUGACGGGCUCGGCGCGGGGCUCCCGCAGCCGGGACCGAGCCGCGCCGCGGCCGCCCGCCCCGGGCUGCCCGGGGGGCGGCGGGCGCAGCGGGGCGGCGGCGGCGGCGGUGCUGGCGGGGCUGUGCGCCCUCUGCUACGGCAACUCCCUGCGGGGCGAGUUCGUGCACGACGACGUCUGGGCCAUCGUGAACAACCCGGACGUGCGGGCGGCCGCCCCCGUGGCCGCCGCCUUCGCCAACGACUUCUGGGGCAAGCGGAUGGCCGAGAACACCAGCCACAAGUCCUACCGACCCCUCUGCAUCCUCACCUUCAAGCUAAACAUAUUAUUGGCUGGUAUGAACCCCUUCUAUUUCCAUGCAGUGAAUGUAAUUUUACACUGUCUAGUGACUGUUGUGCUGAUGUAUACUUGUGACAAAGCCGUGUUCAAGGACUGUCGACUUGCUUUUGUCACAGCACUGUUCUUUGCUGUGCAUCCCAUUCACACUGAGGCUGUAACAGGUAUUGUAGGCAGAGCGGAUGUCUUAGCCUGUCUACUCUUUCUGUUGGCUUUUCUCUCCUAUAAUAGGAGUGUGGAUCAGCUUUACGUUGGGGAACAUUUCCCUCCCACUGCCUCCCCAUUCUUUUUGCUGCUUAGUUUAUUUCUUGGGACGUGUGCAAUGCUGGUGAAAGAAACUGGAGUCACGGUGUUUGGUGUGUGCCUGGUUUAUGACUUCUUUUCCCUCUCCUGCAAUGGACUCAAACUGAGAAACGGGGGGAUCCACCAGAGACCUGCACGGCAGCCCAUGAUCUCUCCAUCCGCCUUGCUGCAGACGCCUCCGUCGGGCAGGGAGAACGGAAAGCACCGCUUUGCUCACCGGGGCACCUGGAACUCCUGCCACUCCGUGGUGCCUGACGAGCCACAGUCCGGCGCCCUCUCUGUGCCCAGCAAAGCCAUGUGGGCCGUUCAUAGCUACCUGACUGCAAAUAACAACCAGAAUUUCUUGUAUACUGCAAGGCCAUUUUUAAAGAGAGCUGCUUUGGUAAUAAGCUAUGUGAUUCUCAUUUUGUAUUUCCGCCUGUGGAUAAUGGGAGGAUCCAUGCCAAUGUUUUCAGAACAGGACAAUCCAGCUUCAUUCUCACCAUAUUUACUGACAAGGUUUCUAACUUAUUCCUACCUUCUGGCCUUCAACGCAUGGCUCCUGCUGGCACCCAUAACUCUGUGCUAUGACUGGCAAGUCGGCAGUAUCCCUUUAAUUGAGUCUGUCUGGGAUGUGAGGAACUUAGCCACAGUCUUCCUGGUGCUGGUGCUGAUGCUACUCAGCCUACACUGUAUAGCUGCAUUCAAGAAACUGGAACACAAAGAAGUUUUGGUUGGCUUGUUGUUCCUGGUUUUCCCAUUCAUCCCAGCGAGCAACCUCUUCUUCAGGGUGGGAUUUGUGGUGGCAGAGCGAGUCCUUUACAUGCCGAGUAUGGGGUACUGCAUUCUUUUUGUCCAUGGCCUAAGAAAGCUCUCUACAUGGUUAGAUAAGUGGAGAAUUACUCUUCUGACUCUCUUUGCUUUACUACUGCUGCUGUUCUCUUGGAAGACCGUGAAACAGAAUGAAAUCUGGUUGUCAAGAGAAUCCCUUUUCAGCUCAGGAGUGAAGACUCUACCCCAUAACGCCAAGGUGCACUACAACUAUGCCAAUUUUCUGAAAGACCAGGGACGUAACAUUGAAGCCAUCUACCACUACAAAACUGCUCUCAAGCUGUACCCUCGUCAUGCAAGUGCUCUCAACAACUUGGGUACAUUGACCAAAGACGUGGUGGAGGCAAAGGACUAUUACAGACGGGCCCUUCAGUUAAAUCCUCAGCACAAUCGUGCACUAUUCAAUCUCGGCAACCUGCUCAAGUCCCAAGGGAAGAAGGAGGAGGCUAUAAUCCUACUGAGGGAUUCCAUUAAAUACGGCCCAGAGUUCGCAGACGCUUACUCAAGCCUGGCUUCCCUGUUAGCCGAACAGGAACGACUUAAAGAAGCAGAGGAGGUUUAUAAGGCCGGCAUAGAGAAUUGUCCAGAGAGCUCUGAUCUGCAUAACAACUAUGGAGUUUUCUUAGUUGAUACUGGGGCUCCAGAGAGGGCUGUGUCCCACUACAGACAAGCCAUCCGUCUGAGCCCAACUCACCAUGUUGCCAUGGUGAACCUGGGCAGGCUUUACCGCUCUUUGGGUCAGAACAAAGAGGCUGAAGCAUGGUACAAAAGGGCACUGAAGGUAUCCCGGAAAGCUGAAAUCCUGUCCCCGCUUGGGGCUCUGUAUUACAACACUGGGAGGUAUGAAGAAGCUUUGCAGGUUUAUAGAGAAGCCGUGUCACUGCAGCCUUCAAAUAAAGAGAUUCGACUGGCACUGGCCCAGGUUUUAGCAAUGAUGGGGCGGACAAAGGAAGCUGAAAAGAUGACAAACCAUAUACUUUACGAAGAUGCAGAGUGUCUGGAAUGCUACCGCCUUCUAUCAGCAAUCUACAGCAAGCAGGAGCACUAUGCUAAGGCACUUGAAGUUAUAGAUAAAGCUCUCCAGCUAAAACCAAAGGAUCCAAAAGUCAUAUCAGAGCUCUUUUUCACUAAAGGAAACCAGCUAAGAGAACAGAAUCUCCUUGACAAGGCUUUUGAGAGCUAUAAACGGGCUGUGGAGCUCAACCCAGACCAAGCACAAGCCUGGAUGAACAUGGGAGGCAUUGAACACAUCAAGGGGAACUACAUCACUGCCCGUAGCUACUAUGAGAAAGCUUUACAGCUGGUUCCAAACAGCAAGUUGCUGAAGGAGAAUCUGGCCAAAUUGGAUCGAUUAGAGAAGAGGUUACAGGAAGUCCAGGAGAAAGAUCAAACAUAGCAUUCAGUCACCAGUGGAAAGAAACUCAUGAUCCUUGGAGAAGAGCAUGGUGGAAGCCAGAAGUGACACUGAAGGAACUUUGAUAUGAUUCAGAAUUAUGGAAGGCAAAUUUUGGAUGCAUGCUUGUUUGACCAAAGUUACAGAAGACACUCAGCUCAUGUGGAACAUGCUGGAGAACGAAUGAAAACCUCCCUGUAAUCAAGAUUCAUGUUUAGGUUGAACCCAUUUUAGCCACACAAAUAGUGUGGGUGGGACGUGUACCUUCAAUAUCUUGGUUAUUGCUGGGGAAGCUGUGGAGACAAAGCACUCAUCCACUGCUGUGAGGGUGAAGUAGCACCUCUUGUUACUCAACACAGACUCACUUAGUCUACUUAAAGUAUCACUAAUGGGCUUUAUUGCAAGUGCUGCCAGGUCCUUCUGAGCCAGGAAGAUGAACAUAAUGGUCAUAUAAAAUGGUUUCAAGGGGGUAAUGUUGAGGAAAUAGUGGCCACUUUUACAGCUCUAAAUGUGACUUGAAAGUGAUCCUAAAGAAAGGGAAAAUAGUGUCUGAAUAUCACCCUAGAAGGAUGAUUCUACAAUCAGGACAAAUGAUCCUUUGAGGGAAAACUGCAGCUGAAUGUUUUACUUAUAAGAUAGUUGUUUGGAAUAAUUCAGGUUCACAGUGUCAGUAUUGUCAAAUAUCAUAUGGCUUUACCCUUUUCCCUCUCCCUCCAGGCCAAAUAAUUAUUACUCUGAAAAAACUAGAAGCAUCCAAAAGCAAUGUGAAGCUCUAGAAUUACUUGUCCUCUUGUCUAGUCCCCAGUAAAAAAUGAACAAACAAACAAAAAAACAACUAAUCUGAUCAACAUAGGAGGUAAAGUAAAGCCACAAAGAGAUUAGGGAAGAUUUGGUGGGCUGGAAAGGUACUAAGGAGGCUUUUUAUGGGUGUGCAGGGACAAAGCCCAUUUAUCAUGGUGAUAACUGAUAAAACACAUUGUCAAAGUGUUCUCACCUCCUCCCCCAAGAGAUGCAGAAAAUGAGCUAUAGCUGAUCAGUCGUAAAUCUAUAUUUUUGAAUACUGAAGUGGGGAAAUGAGUUCUCUUCAGAACUGAGGAUUUUAUUUUUGAGCUUUAUUUAUUUAACUUAUAAUCAAAUAAUUAAUAUAUUUUCUCUGUUUUAUAAGAAUUGGCCAGUGUCCUUCACAGCUGGCCACAUGGCUGGGCAUUGUGACUUGUAUUGUUUGAAGUUAGAAAACGCAGCACUACCGAGGCAUGCUUGAACAAUUCACCCUGAUGGUAUUUCUAAAGUAUAUGGCUGUAAAGCAUGUUGGGCCAAACUGUCAUUUCAGUAACAGCACUUUUACUGGCUCCACUGAGGUUUGCACCAGUUCAGCACAGAAAACGUGAAGGGUUGAUGGGAUGGUGCUUGGUGCCACUGCCUUUUGCCUUGAACAGCUGGGUAGGUCAUCAGCUUGUUCCUCUUGUAGCAGGAAACCGCCAUAAAGCUUGUUAUAUUUGAGCUUGAUUUUGCCUAGUCUUGGCAGAAGAGCAGCCCAAGGUUUGGUACUGUUAGUUAGGGAGAGUUCAGAUUAGGACUGUGCUGCCUUGAUACACAUCUGUGGGGAAAAGCACAUGUGGCAGUGGCCCUCAUGGUGCCUGAGCUUAGGCAAUGCUGACCGGGUAUCCCCUCCGUGAGCGCCAAGUUCGCUCUGUGGGAGGAGACAACCAAGUGCUGGCAGCUUGCCGGCCUCGUCAGAAAAGCUUGGUCCGGGAGACCAGCCCUUGCCUGGAGCUGGGCAGAGGCUGGCUCAUACAGUCGAUGGGAGGGAGAAGAUGGUCGAAGGAGGAGGGCUGGUGCAGACACCAGUUCCUGGUCUUUCCCCCUUCAAACCAACUUCCUUAGUCUUGAAGGAGCAGCUGGGACCACGACCAUGCAAAUUUUUAGCUAGCGAAUCUUCCCCUCUUACCCCAGGCCAAGCAGCUUACUUUUCUUUCCAAGACCAAGGGUUCAGGGCUGGGUCAGCAACCAUUUUGUCGCACAGCUUUUAUGGACGCAGGCUUAAUGAACGGGUGUUUAUGCGGAGGCCUAGCGCAAGCACUCUGCUGGGUCCUUCCCAUGGAGUAGCUCUCAGGUGUCCGGUGUUGCACUGCCGAGGCGUUACUGGAGUAGCUGGGAGGAGAUGAGGUGAUAGUCCCGAAGCUGGUAGCCACACUGGCAAAGCCCCGCGGGACGCAGCCUGGGGAAACCAAAGCUUAAACGGCCUCUGAGGGCUAUCAGUUCCCCGGUGAGCAUUGCAUAAUUGUAGGUGGUUCAUAAUGGAGGUAUUUAGAGGUGCCCAGGCCGUGCAGGGCAAGUUGGCUGGUUCCAGCUUGGGCACCACAGGUUUCCCAUCAGGAUCUCUCCCUGACAGUGGCAGUAAAAAGGGCAUCAUACUCACAUAAAGCUUGCUGCCUUUUUCCAAGGAAAGCCUGUCUUCCCAGCACCAACACUGGCCCCAGCCUACGAUGCUGCUGCAUGGUGGCGAGUUCGGCAGCAGCAGAGCUGCGUUUGAUGCAGACCCUGACAGCGUCAUCGUACAAAGCCCCCCCGCAUACAGGGCACAUGCAGAGAGCAUGCCAACACCUAGCCUAAGGGGAGGGCAAUGGCUCAUUUAAAAAGGUGUAUGAGCUGUAAACUUAGUCUCAAGAAGGCACGUUAAAUAAAGACUAUGUAUUGUACAAGCCACACACCAGUAUGGCUUUAAAUUGUGACCAAUGAAGCAUAUUUUUUCAAAUAUAAAGGAAGGUGUAUUUUUUAUAGUAGGGAGAUAUUAUAGGAGGGAGAUGUCUUGGUUUUGUGUUUUCAGUUGUGACGUAAAGUUGAGUUUGUCUUUCCUGAGACACCUAGUACAAAUGGUGAUCUCAUUCUUGUCCUAGAAUCCAAUCAAAGCCAUCUUGACCUCCUAAAACUGAUGCAUGUAUAAAGGUAUAAUAUAGCUUUUAGGUGUCCCUCUGAGCUCCUGGAGAAGAAUUACUUUUUUUUCGCCAGGCUAGCUUACCUGCAGAAGAAUAUAGAGAGACCAUCCUUCCAAUGAAGGAAGCAUUGUAGCUGGAAGGCAUGUCAUAUAUUCAUCUAGAAUUAGGCACGUAACAUAUCCAUGUGGUUUAAUCCCAACUAAACUGCAUUAUGUUUAUAUGCUGAAAGGUGGAGUCUCCACAUCUGUGAGAUGGGUUUAUGGUAGUUAUGGGGAGAGGAGGGGUCAUUAAUGAAUCCCACAUUCCUAAACCAGCACUUUAUAGCCCACAUCUAUGCAGGAUGGCAGUCUGCAAACUGGCAGAGUAUUUGGAGAAUGACUCAGGCCACAAGCUACCAAAGCAGUUAAACCCUUGUGAAGAUUUGAGCUCACUCCCUGUCUCAUUGGCUUCCAUGCUAAAAUGCUGUGUUUGUCCAGGACAUUAAUCUUGUGAAAAGUUUACUGUAGGUGAAGAAGAACAAUGGACUAUAAUAUGAAAUGGGUUACCUUCACCAAAAGGGAAUGUUACUGUGAAGAUAAAUAGAGCGACUUACCUUAUGAUAAACUGGAUAUUAUCCUAAUUAAUCAUAGGAAAUGGUCUCUUCCUUUAGCACUACACACUUCCUCAAGUAACGAAUUCUAAAUACAUUGGUUUCUGCCAACAGCAUGGUGCUCAUGUAUGGUUAGCAGAGAUGACAAAUUAAUAAAUGGCUGAUGCUCUACAUAGUGGUGGUGGGGUUCAUUCUGUGUCUAAGUGGCAUUGGCUAAACCUCAACGCUUGCAUGGAUGCUCAGCAAUAUUAAAGUGGAGAAUUAACACAAAACUGGUUAGACAGGACUCUUGUGUAAUCACUAUGCAUUUCAAUUGUAAAUGAAAAACAAAAUAACUGUGUUGCUUUUUCCUUUCCCUAUGAAUAAUAUUUUCAGCUGAUGUAUUUUGUUUUAUUUUCUUGCUUAUUUAAAGUCCAGCAUUCUUUGCUUCCAUUCCUUUUCCAUCCCUCAAGAUAAAUGAUGCAAGGGGGGCAUUUUAUGUCUCUCAUAGAUUGUUUGGACUAGAUUUUCCUAAAAACACGCAGGCAAAUUUGUUUUGACCAAACAAGAAGUGAAUGCGGCAGUGAAAAUGGUCUUUAUUCCAGAGAUCUGAAUGAAGGUGGGGGGUGUGUGCGUGCAUGCGUGCGCAUGGCUGUGCGUGCAUGUUAAGUCAAGCGAUCCAAAAUACAGAGCCUAACUUGCAGGGGAGGCCAGACAUAACUGGAACUAUCUAAAACUCGCAAAAGCUUCUCAACACAUAUGGAAAGCAGGCCAAGUACGGGGUACCCUAUUUGGUGAAAGAAGAUAAUUAUCAUUCUAAUUUUAAUAAUUAGCACAAUUUAUGAGAAUAUAAUUGUAUGAUCUUUCUCCUCACUUGUCCUCCAACUCAGUGAAGCAGUUGGCAUGUGCUUAAGUCUCCUCAAACUGUAUGUGCAUUAAAUUGACCAAGUGUUCAAUUUCUGUUCUUCACACAUAAAAUUAUGUACAAUCUUUGGAAAAAUCUAGCCUUUAAAGGUUUUUUUCCUCCAAUAUUCAGUCUCUUGCAGCAGUUUUAAAAUGUCCCAUUUUGCUUUCAUGUACAUUUAAAAUCAGCAGCAAAAAAAAAAAAAAAGUGCUUGGUAUUCACUAGUGUUUCAGUGUGGCAAAGUUCUGUCAGAUAAUCUUGCUAACUUUGUUCAGAAGCUCAUUGCCAUGUUUGUACUGACUUGCUGAGAAAUCUUUUCUGGGAAAUAGCCCCAGUGGUAUCCUCUGUAAAAGUUAUGGCUUCUACAAGUAUAUUACUGUAGAAAUCUCUGCCUGAAGUGGAUGUCAUGCUGCGUGUUCCUAUCACGUGGGAGUUUUUUGUAUUGGCUGUUGUUCAUAUGGUUCUUAUUUCUGUACCUAUUUUUUUUAAUCAGUUGUGUAUAUCUUUUUAAAAAACAAGAAAACAGCCCAUGGAUUUGAAAUCUUUCAAAAAUAAAUCCACACUUAGCAGCAGCUGGAUGUAUGUCAGUGGUAAAGGAAUUUUCAAAGUCUUUCUUUGCUUUUUCACUGUGGGAUAGAUUUCAUGUAAAGGAGUUAUGCUCAAAGUCUUUGCAAAAGAAAAUGUAUGUAAAUGUCUAUUUUAUAUAAAAAGUAAGAAAAGUAA